CCCAUCCCAUGUUUUCAACUUGCAUGUGUGGUUUGAAUGUGCAAGCAUUUGUGUGGUGUGUGUUCUGGAGUUUGGGAAUGUGUUUUGUUUUAUUCUGUCUGAGCAGGUAUUUGUGACGAUAGAUCUUGAGAAGAUCUUUCCGACGCAACAAGAAUCGCUUCAAUCGGAGCAAGAACGCGAAAGCUAUGAAGAUUCAAAGUUCAUGAGCUUGCGUUACAAUUGCGGCGGUUACAAAGUGAAGUUGUGGGGUGACUUUAUAUGGAGUUGGGACCUUUGGGGUUGGGGAAACUUGUCACUCUACUGUAACAGCUGCAAAUAGGUUGGGAACAACCAAGCUAGGUUGGCAAGGGUGGCCAACUUGGAUGGAUUGGUUGGGAAGGGACAAAGGUCAAAGUUGAGGUUCCUAUAGGGAGGGAAUCUUUGUGCUUAUGGGGUUUCCUUGGUUGGGGACUCUCUUGGGACCUUCCCUCUCAUCCCUCUCUUCCUAUCCCAACCUUUCUCUUGCUCCUUCUAAUUCCUUGUGAGAUUCUUGAACUUUGAUUGAACUUUUGAGAUUGAGUUAAGUUCUCCUCCUACAGCUUACCCCCUAAUGCGUCGAAAGCCAUAGCGUCGCGAAUACUUCAUCAAUCAACAUGAUUCAAAUUGGGAACGGUUGGAUGUGUCUUCCGCUAAGGGGAAACUCUGCCGAAAUUUCGUGGACGCCGAUACUUGUGAAAAUAUCGAGGGAGCUGAGUGUGGACAGCAAAGGGGAGCUGAAAUUCGUCAUUUCUCAAGGAGAAGAUGAAUGAGAGAGGAGGAGAUGCUAAUGGAAAAGGAGCUGUAGCUGAGAAGACAAGUGAGCCGCCGCCAUCAAAAGUUGAAGCUUUGGAUGGCUCCAACUAUGAGGAAUGGAGCGGACGGAUGAGGAGUGCCUUCAAACGCUACAAGCUACUGAAGAUUGCUGUUGGGGAAGAGAAGAUGCCGGAAGAAGGCGAAGCACGUGAACGGUGGAUUGAGAAAAGCGCGGUGCUUUUCGACCUCAUCCUUCAAUCGGUCAACAAGGAGAUGUUCGAGCACAUCAAGGAUCUUGUGGAAGCGGAUGAUUCGGGUCCAAGGGCGUGGAAACUACUACGUGAUGUGAUUCAGCCCAACACUCUCCCAAUGGUGAUCGUGCUCGAGAAGGAACUUGCUGCCAUCUCCAUGCGACCAGGGGACGAUGUGAAGCCGGUCCUUGACAAGAUCAAGGACACCUAUGCAAGGAUGGCAGCAGCGGGCAGCAGUGUAUCUCAGCUGCAGCAGUGCACCAAGAUCAUCUCGGUGUUGGACAACUCUUGGGACAACCUCAUCCCCACCCUCAACUCUCAGCAAGAUCAAUGGACACCUGAGUGGCUAAGGCACCAGAUUCUGCAGGAGGACUUCCGCAGACGCCAUGUGGGAGGCGGUGCUGCCACUAAGACUGCUGAGGGGUAUGGAGCUGCAGGGCGCGGCAGAGGAAGAGGGGGUUGGAGAGGCCGAGGCCGUGGGAGAAGCUUUGGCAGAGGUAGAGGCCGAGGUGACUAUAAUGAGGGGCAUGGGAGCUCCAGUGGCAGGGGGAGUACCAGAAUGGAGGGCACCUGCUGGUACUGCAAGAAGGUCGGGCAUCCUUGGUUCAAGUGCUUCAGCAGGCCGGAGGGAUGGGCACCUCCAGGCAUGAAGCCGCCAAGUGGUGAACGCGCACAAGGUGGCGCUGUGCAAGGCGCAGGUGCACAAGGUGAAGGUGCACAAGGUAACGCCUAUCCUGGGAUGUAUCUCAUGGUUGAGGAUGUGCAUGGGCAUGAGGGUGAUGUGGGAUCUGUGGGAAAGGUUGUGAUGCACCCUCUCACGCACUGGGUGAUUGAUUCGGGUUGCACCAGUCACAUGACUCCACGGGCAGAUUUGCUUGAUGAGGUAAAACCCCCUGGGAAGAUCAAGUAUGUGGCAGCAGCGUCAGGUGCUUUGCUCCCCGUGAUUGGUGUUGGGAAUGCCAAGGUUAAGGGAGCUAAUGGGGAGCUUGUGGGGCUUGGGAAUGUUCUGCUGGUUAAAGGCUUGUCUGCUAACCUUCUCUCUGUGCGGCGACUGCAGAAGAGUAAGGCCGAAGUGACCUUUGGACCAACCAGCUGCCGUGCUAAGCUUGGGAAGAAGGUGCUGUGGAGUCUGGAAGAGGAGACCAGCUGCAUCAAGGACCUGUGGCAGCUGCCCAUCAUCCCUUGGAAUGGGAAGACUCCAACAGCAGCAACGGCAGCAGCGGCAAAGGCAACAGCAGGAGGAGAUGCAACUGCACCAACUGAUGGGGUCCUGGAAGCAGUCAAGAAAGUGCAGAAGCAGCAGACACAUGGUGAGGUGCUUGCUGGUGUGGAUGCGAGUGCGGCAUGGGCUAAGGCUUCAUCAAGGAGUGGAGAGGCCGAUUGGGAGACAUGGCAUGAGAGGUUGUGUCAUGUGAACUUCCCUAUGCUGCAGAAGUUGGUGAAGAAUGGGAGCCUGAAGGGCUUGGAGGUGAAAGGGGAAGUGAAGGAGAUUGGGAGCUGCCCUACAUGCUUGGAGACCAAGUUCUCCAAGUUCCCCUUCAACAGUGCAACAGGACCAGCCAAGACCCCACUUGCACUUGUGCACAUGGAUGUGGUGGGGCCCACCAGAGCCCCUUCCCUCUCAGGCAGCCGCUAUUUCUUGACAAUUGUGGAUGACCACACUCGGGCAGUGUGGGUUUACCCUUUGAACAGCAAGGGGGAGGUGGCAGCGGCUGUCCUUAAGGAGUGGAUGCCUAGAGCUCAGAGGGAAUGCGGACACAAGGUGAAGGUGAUCCGCAGUGACAAUGGUGGGGAGUUCAUUGGAGCUGAUUUUGAGGGGGAGUUGAAGAGGAAGGGGAUCCAGCAUCAACUGACAGUGCCCUACAAUCCGCAGCAGAAUGGCGUAGCUGAGAGGUUCAACAGGACCCUGCAGGAGGGGGCACGCACUCUCCUUGGGCGUGCAGGGCUGCCUGAUCCGUUUUGGGUGUCUGCACUGAGGCAGGUCGCCCUUGUGAAGAACAGGGUGCUGGCUACAGUUGGAGAUAAGGAGUGGAUCCCAUAUGUCAAGUGGUAUGGGAGUGCUCCAGCUGUGAAUAUGCUGAGGGCAUUUGGGUGCAUGGUGGUGUUUCAUGUGCCUAAGGAGAAAAGGGGGAAGUUGGAGGCUUCUGGAAGAUGGGGUGUGCACUUGGGGAUUGCAAAGGAUCACAAGGGGUGGCUGCUAUGGGACUUGACCACCCAGAAGCUGACAGUGUCAAGGGAUGUGAAGUUUCUUGAGUCCCUGUACUACAAGGAAUGGAAGCAGCAGCAACAGAAGCUUCCAUCUACACCACUCAUUGUGGAGGCAGAUGAGUUGCAGCAGCCUUCAAGGCAGGUGGAGGUUGCAGUGUCUGAGGAGGAGAUGUCUGGGGUGACUGAAGAAGGGGGAGCAGCUGAAGUAGAGCAGCAGCAGCAGCAGCAGCAGCAGCAUGAGUCUCCACCUCGAGUUCCACACCCGCCUGAGCGUCCUAGGAGGGAUGUGCGCCCUCCAGUGAGGCUGACCUAUGGGGGAAGAGGCAAGCCGAAUGUGGUGCAGGCUGGGAGUGUGGUUGAGCAGAUUGAGGAAGAUGAGAUUGCAUUGUGCUAUUGGGCUGCAAUUCCUCAGCCUAAGGUACUGACGCUAGCUUCAACUCAGUAAAAGCGGAUGGCACCAGCAUUGGGGGAUAUGUGUGCUUGCUAGGAGGUGGUGCUGUGAGCUGGCGCAGCAAGAAGCAGAAUGAGGUGGGAUUGUCCUCAUGUGAGACUGAGUACAUGGCCUUACACCAUGGGGCCAAGGAAGUGGUGUGGCUGAGGCGCUUGUUGGAGGAGUUGGGAGUUGGUCAGGAGGAGCCGACAGUUGUGUUCUGUGACAAUGAGUCUGCUGUGAAGCUCGCCAAGAAUGCUUGUCUGCAUGGGCUGACAAAACACAUAAGGCCUCCUUGGACUCCCAAGUGUUAGGAUUA